AUGGAUCCUCUCCACAUAACUGAAUUCGCGUCGGAGCGAUAUUUCAGUAAAUUAAGGCAGCUGAAUGAGCCCUCCGACAAUGCUACAUCCACAUCAGAAGCCUCGACGGCGACGGCGACUGCGACCUCCCCUCCAUUGCCGUCUGGCCCUACAUUUACUCUACCAUUAGGACGACAACGGUCUCUCAAUAAUGAUCUUCCACCUCUCACAUUCAGGCCUAGCGAGCAGAAGAAGCGAUCGCUGGGUCACGAUCUCACCGCAUUACGAACACAACGCCGCCCAAGUUUUACCGGCUCGUUUGGGAGAUUGACUUCCAAAGUUACUGUUAUCCACAAGGUUCCUUCGAUUGUUGAACACAAGGAGGAAAUUCUGGCAGUUGAUCCAGUUGCGGCCCCGAAUGACCUGUUCCUUGCCCUACCGAACGAGCUUCAAGCUCAAAUAAUUGCACCCCUCCCCAUACAUAGCGUCCUCACUCUCCGACUAGUGUCCAAGUCCUUUCAUACGAUUGUGACCCUUAAUGAAUCGACAAUUGCUCGGUAUCAUAUGACUAACAGCUUGCCUGCGUACGCUUUGCGAUUGUACCCAUUACCUGAUACCGGUUGGAUCAACCUUCACUACCUGUGUAGUAUAUGGCAUCGACUGCACGUUGCUGAGAAGCUAUCGACAAUGAUUGCAGCACAAGCAACGAAAGAAAUAUUUCUACGUACCACGGAAGUCCAACGGCAGGAAUUCGAGCCACAACAUAGGCGGAUGCGUCAACGCCUGAUGCCUCUUGUCUUUACACUUUUUCAUUUUUUUGAAACAUAUCGCGACAUUCACGCGAAGCGACUUCAGGCCGAGCCGCCUUUACAUCAUCAGGCAUAUACCAUAAAUCCCAUCGAGGCUGAAGUAAUGGCCAUGUAUGAUGAUCAAACACUACUCAAAGUCCACCAAGUUUUCCCCCUGGUGAUAUCUUCUUUCUCUCGACGGUUACGACCACCAUCUUAUGUGGGCACUUUGGAGCGUUCAAUAAAAGGUUACUUAAAGGACCGACCAGCAGACGAGGUCUACGCUACCAUUUUAGCUGUUGGAGGGCUUCGCCAAGCGCAAAGGUUCUGGGAGACGAAAGGGUACAAUGCUCGCCGAGCAGCAGUCGACACUUGGUAUGGCAUGGUCACAAGGAGUCCUAUUGACGCAGCGCCCAAGUCCAAGAUGUCCUUGAUAACGCACCUUGGUCGCAAGAGGUCCAAACAGGUAGCGGAAACCUCAUCAUCGGACACCACCACAACCACCAGCACUACCAACCAUGAUGCAACGAGCUGCCGGGAAUGGUUUUGCGUCAAGCCAGCGUGUCAGGUCUCUCACCGGCGACAUUCCACCGACAACCUCGUUUUUCACAGCAGUCUUGCGGCCGGACCACCAAUGAGUCCAUUACCACGUGAUCAACUUAGACUCAUGCUCCCAGACCUCCAACACCUCUCCAACAUCUGGAUGCACACGGCUGAAGCACUCAUUCUGGAGCGGCAAAUCGUGCCUCGACCGCAAGAUAUCAAGCGGAAUACACAAGUUCUACUCGAUUUGAUUCAAGACAAUGGGUUGGAGGUUGACCACUGGACAUCUGGAACUCCACCACGAACAAAUGUGAAUACGGAACAAGAAGAGGGCAUGGAAGCCCCCGGAGGCGUUUCUGACUAG